AUGGCUGCUUCAAGUGGACAGCCAAAAUUGCCAUCAGAACCAUUAGGUAUUCGAGCCAGUGUUGUUGGAAGUCGUAUUGUUGUUUUGACGUGGGAUCCUCCUUUGCAGCGGCAUGGAGCUGUCUUAGCUUACCAUAUUUUUUACAAAGAACAAGAUUCUCUAAGGGAACGAAUGUUAAACUCAUCAUCAACAUCGUUUACGGUGACACCUUUGCUACCGAAUACUACUUACGUUUUCCGUUUGGUUGCAGAAAAUGAGGCAGGUAUGGGAAAGUCAAGUGCGCAAAUCCAGAUCACAACACCGAAAGAAAAGGCUGUUCCCGGUAAAGUGAAGAAUCUUCGUGCUGUAGCUCUAAGUCCAGAAACUAUUGACGUAUCAUGGGAACCUCCCAGCGCUAGUGGCCCUUCACCCAUACAAUACAAACUAUUUUAUAUUAGAAAGGAUCACGAACUAACUGAAAAGGAAACGCAAAUUGUGAUGAAAAAAACAUCUUAUACUCUUCAUGGGAUGGAAAAGUAUGUGGAAUAUAUUAUUCGAGUUGAAGCAGAAGGUGUAAAUGGGGCGGGUCUAAGUUCGGAAUCAGUUAUUGUGAGAACCUUAUCUGAUUUGCCUUCACAACCUCCCGACAAUGUUCAAGCUGAAGCAGUCUCGAACACUUCCAUUCACAUACAGUGGACACCUUUGUCCGUUGAAGAUAGAAAUGGCAUUCUAACUGGAUAUCGAAUAAAAUACAAAACAAAGUUGCGUGGAGCCAGAGGCAACACUUUAGUUGUUGAUGGUAAUGCAAGUUCGUUCACAAUAUCUGGUUUGGAACCUGGUACUCAGUAUAUGCUUCGAAUUGCAGCUAAUGGAUCUGGUCCAAAUUCGGAAUGGCUUCAUGUCGAAACGCCAUUAGAAGACAAGGAUGAAGGACAGGUAGCUGGGCCACCUCUGUCUUUAGAAGCGGAACCAUCAACAGAUUCUAUUCAGCUGUCAUGGCUACCACCUAGGGAUGAUAAUGUAAAAAUCCGGAGUUAUGUUAUUGGUUGGGGAAUCAGUAUUCCUGAUGUUAAUCAGAUAAAAGUGUCAGCGAAUUUGCGACACUGGACAAUAAAUGGUCUGAGACCAGGUCGUGAUUACGUGAUUUCUGUACGCGCGCACAACGCUGCGGGAGAUGGUUUUCCAAUAUAUGAAACAGUGCGAACUCUUUCACUUAAUUCGAAGUCUUCAUUAACUGGUCAUCUGAAUUAUAAAGAUUCUGGACCAAGUGAAACACCUGUUGGAGUUAGGGCACUAACACUCUCGUCAUCAUCAAUUCGGGUAACAUGGAUUGAUCCUGAAAUGAAUAUAGCUUACUCCAGACAAUAUACCAUACGAUAUAGUUCCAGUCUCGAUAACAACGGACAGCAGCGUUAUGUGAAUACAUCAGAAAUGGAAGUGGUGAUAGAUGGAUUGCGGCCGAAUACUCAGUACGAAUUUGCGGUGCGAGUUAAUGCUGGAAAAUCAUCAUCCAUGUGGUCUAUGACUGCAGUAAAUUCCACGGCUCCUGCCCCACCAUCAAGUGCACCACGUGAUCUCACCAUUUUGCAGGCAGUUGAUGGUGAUCCGCAAACGCUGAUCCUAAACUGGCAACCUCCUAAAUAUGCAAAUGGUGACAUUGAAGAAUACUUAGUUUAUUAUUCGGAUCGUUUGGAAGUUCCAGACAAAGACUGGAUAUUAGAUGGAGUUAAAGGUGACCAUCUAUCAAUCAAGCUAACCAACUUAUUACCGCGGCAAACAUAUUUUUUCAAAGUUCAAGCUCGUAACAUCAAAGGAUAUGGUCCUUUGUCUCCUACAUUGCAAUAUCGACCUGACUUACCUCCUCCAAGGUUAUUUCAGAACUUCGACACUAAUUCGGGUACUGCUCACUUGAGUUUAUUUACUACGCCAAUGUAUUUGGCAAUUAUAACAGCUGUCAUUGUUUUGUUAUUAAUAUCACUGAUAACUAUGAUUUGGUUUAUGAAAGUAAAAAAUAAAAAGCAGUCAGCAACUUCGGGUUAUAUGCGUGGAAGAAAGCAAAUAGGAAAUGGCAAAGGCCCACCAGAUUUAUGGAUAAAUCACCACAGCGGAGGGCAGCAGAUUCGUGAACCAGACGGAUUGAUUGAAGAUGUUCUCGCGGAAUCGUUGAAUAACUUGAAUCACUGUUCAGGUGAAGUUGAAAUGGUCGAGUCACCACCAUCUCAUUAUCAUAAUUUGAAAGACCUAACAGUGACUGAUGGACUUGAACGGAAUUCAGUUCAUUUUACUGUUGCUAAUUACGAGUCGCAGAUGGUGGAGUCAGCACAUGAUGAUACCAGUCAACGUGUACCCAUUGCGAUGGCAGAAACGAUCUCUACUUACACUGUCCACCCACAAAGUGAUUGUAAUGGUACUCUAUCAAGGAGUUAUCAUCAAUCAUCGACUAGUCUUGAAGGACGACAGAGAACUCCUCAGAUCAUGUACACAAAUGCGGGUAGGCAUCAGAUAGCGAAAAUCGAUUUCUCUGAUCAUAGUUCUGCGUACAGUUCUUCGCAGGCACUUCACACACCAACCCCACCACCACCUCAAUUACCAAAUCAGAGACCUCCUGUUGCUCCCCCUUCCCAGUUGCUGAAUAAUGACUCCUACAGAACGCUACGGGGGACUUCAGUCAUUUCAAAUCCAUUAAAAUCAUUCACACAACUUGCAGGAGCACCACCACCAAUUGCUCCCACAAAAGGUACAAGUGAACGAACAGCGAACGUGGUGAGACCUGUAGUUGUAGCAUCUCCAAAUAUAAGGAAUGGCAAACCAGCUGGUGUUGUUAUCGGCCAAAAAUCAUCGCAUGUUCCGGUUGGGCGUGCAGCUGCACAACCUCGUGUUAACGUAAAUAAUAUUUAUGCACCUUACUCCUCUUGCACGGCUCCAGAAAAAACCUCGCUCCAACGGGAGAAUGGCAGCAUUGAAGCACAACCGCUUCAGGCUUCAACUUCUACUGAAGAAUUAAAUGCUCAGAUGGAAAAUUUGGACACAAUGAUUGAUGAUUUGCAAGCGCUCCAGCACGAGUUUAGUGCUACCACAUAA